ACUGUUGGUGGGCAUCAUUUGGAAUAAGCGCUACUGGAAGGUAAGAUGGCGGAAGGUGGUACGACCGAUUUGGUGUCCGUUGCAGCGUCGCAGAUUGUCCAGAGUGUGCAGAGGAGUCCUUCUCCCUUUCCUCUGUCGUCCAGCCAGACGGCAGCUAGCUCCGAGACGCCACCCACCAAGAAAAGAAAGAGGAUCUUCCACAGAGAGUUGAAGUAUAUGAUGCACGGCUUUGGGGACGACUCCAGUCCGUAUGAGGAGACAGUGGACCUAAUAGAGGAACUUGUGGUAGACUUUAUAACGGAGAUGACCCUGAGAGCUGUGGAGGUGGGCAGGUCGGGGAAGAUCACCGAAAAAGACAUAGAGUUUCUGGUGAGAAAGGACCCGCGGAAGCUGGCGCGGCUCGAGGAGCUCCUCCAGAUGAACGAGGAGUUGAAGAUCAUGCGAAAGGACCCGAAGAAAUAUGCCGAAAUGAUGAAAGAAAAGUUCAGUUCAUAGCCUGAACUUGAAAAGUGGGAGACGGAGUUUUAUCCAGUUACAAAACGCAAGGAAGAAAGACUGAGGACUUUAGGAACCGCUUCAUAAUGGAAAUUUCAUAUCAUACAUUUCAUGUUAGUCUUUUCUGUGAUUUUGAAAACCACACUCUACACAUGGCGAUGAAUGACUAGCUAUUCCGCUAAUAAUUGGCUAAAUAUUCCUGAACAUCGAUCACGAUACAGUCCUUUGACACCACUGCCUCGCCACCACUCCCCAGCGACGUCUUAACCUCUUUCAGCUCCGAAAACUCUCCGCUUCUUCUCCGUGACCUCGUCUUCUCCGCGUCUCUAUAGACAGGGUGGACAGUGAGCGGUCCAAGUGGUUUCCCCUGCGUCCAGCCAAGACUGAGUGUGGCCCCUCGUCUGCCGGGAGAGGCUUUUCUUCUCCAGCGACUUAGCCUUUGUUGCCCGGCUUUGCCUGCAGCCGUGGCUCCAGUGGAUCCUACC